AUGGUCUCUGACGAGACGUUCGAGAUUUGCCUUCCAAUCCUUCAGGACCCGAACAUCGAGGAUGAGGACAAGACGGACAAACUCGAAGAGCUGCUCAAGGAGAAGACAAGCCUGACUGGGCAAGCUCUGGAAAACGCCGUAUUAGAUGCACUAUGGAGGUACCGGGAAGGAGGAGGGAGUACAACCUCGCCGCCCCCUAUAAGGCAGACUAUCCUGCGGCGGCCAUCACCUGCCUCUUGGCGCGGUUCUGGAACGCCGCUCUCGAGUUCACCUCGACUGGGUGUCAGCCCGCUUGCACCGCCGGGCUUCAUGCCAACGUCGCUUAGUCGGACAAAGUCGUCGACUGCUUCCCCCUUUGGGUCGCCACGGCCGUCCCCGAGGCUGGCGUUUGCCGCACCUGUGCCGCACAGCCCAAGCCUGAACGCCUACCAGUUUGCCCACGACGACACCCCGUCGCAAGAGGUAUUUGGAGACUACCAGUCUGACAAUGUGGACUGGCUCGUGAGCGACGAUGCAAUCAGUGUGACAUCCUCGGUUGGCGUCUCCAGCGGGCUGAAUGUCAGUGCUCCCGAAUUCGUCUCGACGCAGCAGCAGACAGAUAUGACCCCCUACGACAUGCUGCGGUCAAUACUGGGGCAGACGAAGUCGGAUGAGGAGAUCAGUGCCGCGCUCGCCAUGCACGGCUACGACCUGGGCGCUACCGUUGCUGCCAUCAUGGAGACACAGAUGCAGGACAACCUUGCAUCGGCUGCUCAAGCCGAGGAGAACCGAGUCAUCAUUGGGAAAGCGAUGAGUUCGGAUGGCCGGCCAACCACGCCAGCGGAUCAACAAAAGACGGGAGUCAUCUGCAAGUUCUAUCUGUCUACGGGUCAGUGUCUUCGCGCGGAUUGCCGAUUCAGCCACGAUUUGAGCAGCCACAUCUGCAAGUACUGGGUGGCGGGCAACUGCCUCGCUGGCAGCACCUGUAUCUUCUCGCACGACCCGGCUCAUCUCGUCAAUCGGCUCCAUAUUGAUGGCUCGGGCACGCCGCCGACCCAACAUGCAACAGUCAAUCUGCAAGACUACAGCAGCUUUCCGGCACUGCAGCCAGGGACGCCGGAGCAGAUCUUUGCGGCUACCACCAGCUAUCGUGCCUUGGGAGUAACCCCCCCUCCCGGUUUCAAGUCACACCAUGCCUACCCUGACCGCCCCCGGUCCCGGCCAGGCAGUCGGCAUCAGCAGAAGGACAGCGCGCAGUCUGCUCCGUCUCCGGACGAUGCCGAUGCGUUUCCUUCGCUCGGCGCAGCUGUGGUCAAGCAGGGAAAGAAGCACCACGGCAAGAGAGGCGGUCACGGCCAUGGGCCGAAAGAGAUCUUUGCACCAAGCACAUUGGCCGACAUUGUAAAAAUGUCUCCGUCACCGACACCUUCUAUGCAGCAGAACCGCAGGCCUCCCCGUAACGGCAGCUCAACGAAUGUUCGCAAUGGGGAGAACAGCGCGGCUGCCCAGGCGAUUCCCACUCCUAAACACAUUCCCUGGCUCGAAACUGGUGAGAGAGCCAACAAGGCUUAUCUCAAAGCGCGGCAGGAUGCCAUCAAGCACGGUGGACUCCGGAACAAGUUCCUCCAGAGCGCCGCGCAAGCCUGGAACCGCAACGAUGCGCGAGCCGCCAAGGCACUCAGUCUGCGCGGGCAGAGCGAGAACGACCUCAUGCGGAAAGCUCAUCGCGAGGCGGCCCAGCAGCUGUACGAAGAGCGCAACAAGGGCAGGGAGAACUGCCCAGAGAUUUACGUCGACCUGCACGGACUGCACCCCGAGGAGGCGGUGGAAUACCUGGAGGGCAUCCUCAUGGAGAAUGUGGCGGAAACCAGGCCCAUCUAUGCCAUCACGGGCACUGGCCACCACAGCAAGAAUGGUAAGGACAAGGUCGGCAAGGCGGUCCGGAGCUUCCUGAAUGAGUGGCGCUACGCCUACCGCGAGUUCUCGGUUCCCGGCGACCGGAACAGCACGGGCGGCAUUCUGGGCAUCGACGCGGGCAGCUGGGACCGGUCGCUCUCGCAGGAUGGGAAGACACUGACGAGGAAAGAGGAGGACAAAGAGGAGGUGGACAUUCUGUCGCAAGGUGUUGAGAUUGGCGAGGGCAAGGUCAAGCUGCUUGUUAGAGACACGUCGGCGGCCAAGGAGCCGCCCAAGGGUCCGUCAGGGGCUAGGGGCAGGUGA